ACUGUCUAUGCUCUAUAGUGAAUUAGCUAUUGUCUAUGCUCAGUUAUAUUUUCAAUGUGGUGGCCGAUUUAUCAAUUUUUCACGAAUAUUGUUUUUUGACUAUAGGCGGGAAGUGCUGGUUCGAGUUAAACUAAUAAAAAAUGAGUGUGGAAGAAGAUGUAAUGAAGAUACAAAAAAAGCUUACAAAAAUGACAUCGGAUGAUGGCACGGGACAGGAAGAAGCUUUGGAACUUUUAAAACAUCUCCAAACAAUGGCAAUAAAUCUAGACGUCCUAACCAAGACGAGAAUAGGCAUGACAGUCAACGCUUUGCGUAAAUCGAGUAAGGAUGAGGAGGUGAUAUCUCUAUGUAAAACUCUGAUCAAAAAUUGGAAAAAGUUUUUAUCAACACCCGGCACACCAUCAAAAGACAACGGCAGCUCAUCUAAAUCUAAAAAAGAAGGGAAAGAUAAAGACAGAAAAGAUGAGAAGGAGAAAGAUAAGAAGCUCCCGGCGUCAUUUCCACCGCAGUCCAACACCACUGAUGCUGUCAGGUUGAAAUGCCGCGAACUAUUAACACAAGCGCUGAAAGCAACAGGGGAGGCACCGAAUGCUUGUGCAACACCGGAAGAACUUGCUGAGGAAUUGGAGGAAAGUAUUUUUGCUGAAUUUAAAAAUACAGAUAUGAGAUAUAAAAAUAGAGUGCGCUCCCGUGUUGCAAACUUAAAGGAUCCCAAGAAUCCAACUUUGCGAACAAAUUUCUUAAAUGGGGUCAUCUCCGCUACUCGUCUCGCUAAAAUGACUCCUGAAGAAAUGGCCAGUGAUGAAAUGAAAAAGUUAAGGGAGAAAUUCAUAAAGGAAGCAAUUGAUGAUGCUCAACUUGCCACAGUACAAGGAACCAAGACAGAGAUGCUCAAGUGUGGCAAGUGCAAAAAGAAGAACUGCACCUACAACCAGCUACAAACUCGAAGUUCUGAUGAACCUAUGACCACCUUUGUGCUUUGCAAUGAAUGCGGGAAUCGCUGGAAAUUCUGUUAAGACUGCUUUUAUCUUUAGACCGAUAGUAACCUUUACAUAUGGUACUCAGGUGUAUCAAGAAGUUGUAUUACAUUUUACUAUGAAUUAUGAUUUCUGUGUUUGCUAUUUAAAUUACAUUACCUUAUAACUGUCAUUGACAAUCAUGUUAGUAGAUAAGGUGAUCUUAGUUAAAAGUAAAUAAAUUAACCUGCUUUAAGUCUU